AUGGCCCCGGGUAUAGAGAUGCAGCAAGAGGUGCAGCACCACGCCCCAAGAGCUCUUACUGAGCCUUCGGCGGAUUUAGCCCACGAGCCACUACUCGCAAAGGUGUCUAAAGACCGGCUGCAAGUAAUGCAUACGUACGUUGCGUCACUGUCUAUCGGCUGUGGAACACUAAUCAAAUCUGGUCUGGGCCCUUUAGGCCAUCCGGUUCCUGUUCCCGUGUUUCAUAGCCGUGUCAGCAUUCAGGGUGCAUCAAGUAUUCUUAGAGUCAAGGAACAUCGGCAUGAGAGGAGUGGUGCCAUACGUGGGGUGAUGGCGCACAACACGUGGAGGGCGCGUCCACUUGGGUCAUGGGCCAUUCUCACCGACUUACAUACACUCUUUGCUCUCUCUCCGCAGAACGUGCAAUUGUCGAUCCUACAUGUUGCUUACUGA